AUGAGCUGCUUAGUAAAUCGCACGCAGAAAUUCUACGAAGAACGGAGGCUUUGCAGUCAACUAACACUGGACCCCAACACAGCACAUAGAAACCUCUGUCUGUCUGAAGGGAACAGAAAGGUGAUACGGAGGGGAGAGAACCAGCCAUAUCCUGAUCAUCCAGAUAGAUUUGACACCUGGGCCCAAGUGCUUUGUAGAGAGGGUUUGUCUGGGACUCCCUGUUACUGGGAGAUUGAGUGGAGUGGGGGAGGGGCUUCUAUAGGAGUCGCAUAUAAAGGAAUCAGCAGAAAAAAACAAGGUAAAUCCUGUGGCCUCGGCUUUAAUGACAAGUCCUUGAGUUUGGAGUGCUCUGGCUCCAGUUAUACUGCCCGGCACAAUAAUAAGAAAACUGCAAUAACUGCCCCCCGCUUCCCCAGAAUAGGAGUGUAUCUGGACUUUAAUGCCGGCACUCUGUCAUUUUAUGGAGUCUCUGACACAAUGACCCUCCUGCACAAGUUCCAAACCACAUUCACUGAGCCGCUGUAUCCUGGGCUUCUGCUUUAUUGCCGUGAUUCCCCUGUAACAAUCUGCCAGCUGAACUAGACUGGUUUGUAUUUUAAGAAAACCUUUGUUUUGAGCUUCCUGUCUGUUCUCUGAACUCCUCAGGUGAAGGAAAUGUUCAGUCUAACAUUGUCCAUGUGGAUUCAUUGUGUAAAAUAAAGUAGUUAGUCUGGAAGAUCAAUAAAGUGUGACCUUCUUUUUCAGUUCACCACAUUCUUCUAUAUUUCAGCCUUUCAUGCUCUCUACUAUUCCAUGCUGGCAGUCCAGUUUGAUUACCUUCCUCAAAGGCAGUUUUAUCUGUUGUAAGAACACAAGCACAAUCCAAGCCUCUGAAAACUGCUUGUGAGUAAGAGGUUGCUCAAUUACACAUUCAAGCCCUGUUAUAGAUCACAGUGCAAAACAGACAUUAAACCGAGGAUAGCUGUUUUUCAAAAUGAUUUUGUGUUCUACUGAUCACACAUUUUACAGAGUGCCCCAUAAAGAUGCUUUUUCCAAUAUGGGUUAAUGAGGCAACAACCUUCUUCAAUAUUCCUGUUUGCUUAUCACUGGCCAGGUUGUUUCGAUCAGGAAAGAGACUCGGACACAAGGAAAGCUGCAGGUUAACGAGCUUCUGAGCACUUCAAUAAUAAAAUAAUAAUAAAAACAAAUAGGAAUAAUGGCCAAAACAAACGGUUGAAACAAAACUAUAUAUAUAUAUAUAUAUAUAUCAAAUAACCAGCUUCCCAACGUUUCAAAAUGUUGUCCAUAUCUUUCUCAAAGGAGCAGCAUGUAUUUGAAUCAAAACAUUGGAGGUAUUUAUAGGUGUUUGACAGCAUGACAAGUACUUGCUAUUGUUUAUAUUCAAAUCCAUGAUUUAUUCUUACAUGAUGUAAUGGUGUUCUAUAUUUUGUGACAUCAUUUUUACUUAUAUCUUUAAAUUUGUUUUAAUUCUAAUUAACAUUAUUUUAUAUAAACUUAUAUUUAUAUUAUCAUGCAAUGCUGGCUCUGAGGAUCAGCCUUGAUUUGGCCUCCCCAGCACAUCAGCAUUAUUAUUAUUAUUAUUUAUUUAUUAGCAGACGCCCUUAUCCAGGGCAACUUACAAUUGUUACAAGAUUAUUUUUCACAUUAUUUUUACAUACAAUUACCCAUUUAUACAGUUUGGGUUUUUACUGGAGCAAUCUAGGUAAAGUACCUUGCUCAAGGGUACAGCAGCAGUGUCCCCCACUGGGGAUUGAACCCACGACCCUCCGGUCAAGAGUCGUAACCACUACUUUACACUGCUGCCACUUUUGAAUGAAUUUUGUUUAUUUAUUUAUUUAAAUGUUAUAUAUUUAUUGGAGUUAAUUAGUUUAUUCUUUUCUGUUGAGUCCCGCUGGCAUAAUCGUCUUCAGUCUAUUGAUCCAUUUACUUUCUUUUAUUCUUCUAUAUGUCGCAUUGUCUAAUUUUAGCUGUUCUAAUACUACAAACUUUACAUCAUUUAUGUAAUGUCCUUGACUGGUGAAGUGCUGUACUAUUGGUUCAUUCAUUUUUUUAUUUUUUUAUGAAAGGUGGUUCUGAAUUCUUUUGUAUAAAGUUGUUCCAGUCUCUCCAACAUAUUAUUAUUAUUAUUAUUAUUAUUAUUAUUAUUAUUAUUAUUAUUAUUAUUUAUUUAUUUAUUUCUUAGCAGACGCCCUUAUCCAGGGCGACUUACAAUUGUUACAACAUGUUACAACAUAUUUUAUUUCAUCACAUUUUUCACAGGCUAUUCCAUAAACAACAUUGCUAUUUUUACAGUAGGUUUUAGUUUUUAGUGGAUAUGUGUUGUUCUUAUGUUUAAUUAUAUUUUUACUUUUGUCCAUGUAUUUACACACUUUACAUGUACUAGUGCAAGUAUUUGUAGAACCUACUCUGUCAGUUAUUCUUUUAUGUUUACUGUGAACUAAAAUAAAAUUUGUUAAUACGUUUCUUUGUUUUACAUAGUCACUUUCUUUAGAGAGCAUAUUCUUCAUAUUCUUAUUCCUAGACCCUUUGGGAUUGCCCUUUUAGUGUGUAUCGGA